AUCUGGCAGAUGUACAUCGGUCGGAGCGCGGGUAGGACGUGGCCGGCCGCCAUUUUGUAUUUAAAAAUAGCGCGAAAUACAAACUCCAUGAUUUUUGUGCUCGGUGGAUUUUUUGUGCAGUGUUGUUUAUGUGAGAUGUGAUGAUUUUGUAUGGGUCCAGACAACAAUAAAAUCAAAAAACAACUCGCAAUAACUAGAUUUUGAUUAAAAAAAUCAACCGAAGAACCAAUAAUAUAAAUGGGGGUACGAUUCAAAUUCAAACGCCUGAGCUAACGAAUAUCGAAAGAGACAGGGCUAUAUUGAGCAGUGUGUGCGAGCGAGAGGGAUGUCUUUAGUCGCCCCAAGACGGGUCCAGUUGGACUGGGCCCAUUCUAUACCAUGGAAACAGGAGACGAAGUGUGAACGGGAGUCGCCGUUCGAGCAGCAGGCGCCACACCAGUCCAACAGAUCAGAAUCGUCGACAUCGUCGGCGGAUACCGCGUCGCAGGGCUCCGGCUCUGCCGUCCCGGCGCCGCGGCCGAGGAGACAUGAGCCCCAGAGAGAAGAGAGGCGAGAGAAAGCCGCCAGUGCUCCGAGGGUCCAAACUAACCCUCUUUUAAGAUCCCGCACGCUCCCCAACUUCGGCGGGCGUCGCUCGCGCUCGGGCUCCCGCUGCGACACCUCGCGCCGCCUGCACCACAUCACCAUGGCCAGCGAGGACCUGCUGCAGCCCGGACACGUCGUCAAGGAGCGAUGGAAGGUGGUGAAGAAGAUAGGCGGCGGCGGGUUCGGGGAGAUAUACGAGGGCCUGGACCUCGUGACGCAGGAGCAGGUGGCGCUCAAGGUGGAGUCCUCGCGGCAGCCCAAGCAGGUGCUUAAGAUGGAGGUGGCCGUGCUCAAGAAGUUACAAGGCAAAGAACACGUAUGUCGCUUCAUCGGCUGUGGUCGCAACGCACGCUUCAACUACGUCGUGAUGCAGCUGCAGGGCAGGAAUCUGGCGGAGCUGAGGCGCGCGCAGCCGAGGGGCGCCUUCUCACUUUCCACUACGCUAAGACUGGGACUACAGAUACUCAAAGCCAUAGACUCGAUACACUCUGUCGGCUUCCUUCAUAGAGAUAUUAAACCUAGCAACUUUAGCAUAGGCCGCCAUCCGUCGAAUUGUCGUAAAGUAUACAUGUUGGACUUCGGAUUGGCUCGGCAGUACACCACCAGCAACGGGCAAGUGCGGCCGCCCAGAGCUGCCGCCGGCUUCCGGGGUACCGUCCGCUACGCAUCGAUCAACGCCCACAAAAACAAAGAGAUGGGUCGCCACGACGAUCUCUGGUCGUUGUUCUACAUGCUGGUGGAGUUUGUCAACGGACAGCUGCCGUGGAGGAAGAUUAAAGACAAGGAACAGGUCGGACUAAUGAAGGAGAAAUAUGACCAUCGCCUGCUCCUCAAACACCUGCCUUCAGAACUACGACAGUUCUUGGAGCAUGUCCAGCAGCUGGAGUACGCCGACACGCCUGACUACUCCAUGCUGGCGUCUCUACUCGAGAGAUGCUGCAAGAGACGAGGGAUAAGGGAUACUGACCCUUAUGACUGGGAGAAAGAUGCGGUGGUGUCGCGCACGCGCGCCUCGGUGCAUCCGGUUCCGGAGCACGCGCUGCCCACAGACACACAGCCUGACAAUAGCCGUCGCCGCUUGGACACGGAAGCGAACACAGCGGCCACUGCGGCCACAGCGACCGCGCCCGCGCCCGCCCUCCCCGUCUCCGACGCCCGCCGCGUGAGGCCCACCCCCGCUGAAGUUAGACACACGCAGCAGCAUAAUGGAUAUUCAACAACAGACAAGCCUACGACGGAAAAGGACACUGAAGCUAGAACGACGCCAGCGCCCUCUCCCGACAGACACGCGAAGGAGCCGGCGGCGGCGCGGCAGAGCGUGCCGCCGGCGCGCGCGCGCGCUCCGCAGCCGCACUCGGGCGGCGGAGCCACGCUGGCGCGGCUGCGCGUGGUCACGGCGCCGCCCACGUGUGUGCAGGACCUGGCGGCCGCCGCACCCGCCACACCAGGCGAAGCCGUGAGUCCGCGGAUAGUGGCCGACGUAGACAGCGUACAUUCAGACACGCAUUUCAAAAGAGCCGGCCGCCGCGGCCGCGCGCGCGCAGACCAGAGCUACACUCAGUUCGCGGUCUGCGACGACGAGAACGUGUCCGCGCUGCAGCAGGUGACGAAGGGCGGUGCUCUGACGCUGGUCUCAUUGUGGAAGUCGCAGUUUGACGAUUCCGAGGAGACCACAGACAACGAGUGGAAACAGGAACAAUUACAGUCUCCAGAACACCGCUGCAGCCGCAACCCGCAAACAGGCCAGUCGGCAGUGUCCAGCUGUUCGCACGCGCCGCGAACACAGCUAGCCAACACACAGAUUGCACAGAAUGACACCAAAGUGAUUAAACAACAGUCGCCGGGCGCGUCGCCCGCGGCCGCGGCCCCCUCUCCCCCCUCGCCGCCCUCUGCCCCCUCUCCCCCCACCCCGCCCUCGCCCCCCGCGGCGCCCGCGGCGGGGGGCGGGCGUAGCGCGCGGCGCACUCAGUGCCUCUACAUCCCAGGAAUAGAGGCUUAUCCCGAGCUCAGACCUACGUUGCCCAGGUGUUGGACGCUGCCCGCUAUCGGCUCCCACGUCCGCAAUCUCCGUCCGCCGCUUCUCCAACAGGCGUCUUUCGACCACGCGGGCGGCAGUCUGCGGUACAGGGUGGACGUCAUGCGAGGAGUGGCUGCCAGGGCCGUGGUGGAGGACAACAAGAGUAACGAGAAACCAACGCGUGCUAAUAGCUUGCCUAGCAUAUCGUCGUCGUCCGGGCGGCGGGCGCCCCCGGCGCGCGCGCCCCCGGCGCCCCCGGCGCCCCCGGAGGCCACGGUGUCCAGCCGACUGGAGAUCCGCGUGCGGCUGCCGGAUAGCGCUUCACAGGGACAUUCUGUGAAAAUCCAUUCGGUUGUGAGCGGGGGCGAGCCAGUGAGACUGAAUGAGGAGACGUCGGUUUAUUACGACGCGACGGAGCACCAAAGGGACAAACGGUCAUCGACCCGCAGUGGUGGUGACAAAAGUCAAAGUCCAGCCGUGGACAAAACGAGGCUAGACGCCAUCCCAGACAGCAGUGCCGCUGUGGUGAAACGGGAGCCGGUCAGCGGCGCAGGCGCAGGCGCCGGCGACGGAUCACAAAGUUUACGAGAUAGGUCGUCCACAAGUACCUCUCGUAUUCCUGUGGCAUUGGGAGAGUCGCGGCUAGCUAAAUGCUUGUCUUGGAGUGGAGACGGGCCCUUGUCUACUGAGCAGGACCUCACGCCAGCGCUCCGUCGCCGUCGUCAAAACGCUAACGAGAAAUAUUCAAUGGACCCGGCACGGGAACUGAACCUGCGAUUCGCGCGGCCGCGGCAUCGGCAACCGCCACAACAUCACUCGAGGAGCGGUUCGCGCGGCGUCCCGGCGCUGCUGCUGUCGUCGCCGCCGUGCUCGUCCUCGUCGUCGGGCUCCCCGCCGCCCGCCGCAGCCGCCGCAGCCGCCGCACCCGCCGCACCCGCCGCACCCGCCGCGCCGCCCGCGCCCGCCGCGCUGCAGCCCGCCAACGCGGCGCGCGCGCGACGCUUCCGCCCCGUCGAGAUUGCGCCGUAGGUGCGUGAGCCGCCGGCGCAGCUUUCAAACCAAUCUGAUGAGUAGUAUUUAAUUCUUCGCCUUACUUAACUAUAUAACGUAUGAAUUUAUCAAUUUACUACCACAGAACAAACAUAUCUAAGUGUCAAAUUGUUUUGUACACUAGUCUGAGAGCUAACGAUUGUUUUGGGUCGCAUUUAAUACAAACUUUUAAACUUAUAGUAAAAAUAAAAAAAAUCGUUUAUACCUUUUUUAAUUUCAUAAUUCUACUUAAUAUAAAUCCAAAAGUUUGUGAAAAUGUAUGUUUGUCACUCAUUCAUUUCCUUAUCGCGAAGCCGCGAGGCGUAGCUAGUAAAUUAUAAUUUCUACAGCCGAUUUCUUACUCGAAAGGGACAGUAAUAUAUAUCUAUAUAUAUUUUAAUUAUGUUCUGUGACUGUGGUACAAAUCAAAUAAUAUAAUAAUGAACGGUGUGAUUUUAGGACUCGAAAUAUGUACAUAUUGUAACGAAAUAUAGUCAAACGCACGCUUACUUAUAAAUUCAUAUAUUAUAUAGAAUUUUUAUUGAGGCAAAAAUAUAUUAGAACCACAUACAUGUUUUUUUUUUCAAGUAUGAUAUACGGUGCAAAUAUAUCGAUUAAUUAAUUAAAGUAACUAAAAUAAAUUUAAAAGAAAAAAAUUUUGUUUGUUAGAAUUUCUUUAUUUAACUUAAAAAAUACAGAAGUAUUUCAAGUUUCGGAAUAAAUAUGUGUUUGUAAUAUAUUUGUGUCCCCUUGUUGUUAAAAACGGAUAUGUUAAGCUAUUCUAGUUCUUAUUGUGCUAUCAAUAAGAAUGCUCAUAGCGUUGUAUGAUACAAAAGGUACUUGAAAUGACAUUGUUAAAUCACAAUAUGAACAAAAAAUUUGACUAAAGAAUCAUUUAAAACAUCCUGACCUGGCUAUUACCCGCGACUUUGUACGCGUGGAAUUUGCUAUUAAUAUUAGUGUUAAUAUUUCAGGUUUCAAAGCUUAUCUGAGUUAAACAAAAAAUCGGUUAAAAAUUCAUAAAUAAAAAAAAAUCAUAUUUUUUUUUUUCUUUUAUCGACCCCUGUGGCAUAAUGGUCAUUACGCCGGACUGCUACACCAUAGGUACCGGGUUCGAUCCCCGGUCAAGUCAUGAUGGAAAAUAGUAUUUUUGAGAUUGAUUUGGAUGUUGUAUGUUUAUUUCUUGUUUAACUUACUUUGGGGUUAACUCAGAAUGUUUUUUUUUUGCAAAAUCAUUACCUUAGUCUAUACAUUAGAUGAUCCACAGAAAAAAAAAACAUUUUUCAACUUUUUGAAAUCAAUUAUAACAAAUAAAAAAAAAUAUAUAUUUAAUUUUGACGAUUGUGGCGCAGUGGUAAAGUUCUUGCCACUGAACCGAGAGGUCCCGGGUUCGACCCCGGUCGGGUCAUGAUGGAAAAUGAUCUUUUUCUGAUUGGCCCGGGUCUUGGAUGUUUAUCUAUAUGUGUAUUUGUUAUAAAAUAUAGUAUCGUUGAGUUAGUAUCCCAUAACACAAGUCUCGAACUUACUUUGGGGCUAGCUCAAUCUGUGUGAUUUGUCCAAAUAUAUUUAUAUAUAUUUUAAUAUUUUUGUGAGAUCUGUCCAUGAUAGUCAAAUAAUCUGUCCAUAUUGUACUGUGUCAUGACUAGUACAUACUCUAUAUCAUUUUGCACCUUAAGUCGACGUGUUAAGGUCCUCAAUAAUGUCUAGAUCUCUUUAGAUAGGCUUUCGGCUUUUUUUAGACGUAUAGGGUUGCAAUACUCAGUUUAUCAAAUGUCACAAGUAUUUUUUUUCUUUAACCUAUUAAUGUGUCCCAUUGCUGGGCGAACGCCUGCCUUUUCGUAUUUUUUUUUUAUAAAAUAAAAUGGACAACACUCAACGACCAAAUUUUAAAUUCGACUUCGCUCACGUGUGGACAUUCAAAACGUAUCCUUGUCUUCCUUGUCUUUCUCGCAGCAAUCAUAUUUAUGACAAAAUAAAAUUGACUGUUUAUGAACACGGUGACUACAUUUAGCGAUCUAAAUUUCUCAUCAGUCCUACAAUUGUCUGACGACCUCGGUGGCGCAGUGGUAAAGUUCUUGCCACUGAACCGCGAGGUCCCGGGUUCGAUCCCCGCUCGGGUCAUGAUGGAAAAUGAUCUUUUUCUGAUUGGCCCGGGUCUUGGAUGUUUAUCUAUAUAUGUAUAUGUUAUAAAAUAUAGUAUCGUUGAGUUAGUAUCCCAUAACACAAGUCUCGAACCUACUUUGGGGCUAGCUCGAUCUGUGUGAUUUGUCCAAAUAUAUUUAAUUAUUAUUUAUUGUCCUAUAGUAGCAUAUGCACUUUCCAAUUCAUCUCCACACCAAAAAUCGCCCCAAACCAAUGCUCUAUAUAAUUCUACUACGCUUAUUCAUACAGUUAGUAUAGAAAUGGAAAAUAAAUCAGGGCGCUGUGUCCUCUGAGCUGGCAAUAUUGGGUGUUUAUCAACCUUGAAUAGAUCUUGUAUAGAAAUUAAUGUUGCAAUGGCAAAAAAUUUAGUUCGUUAAAAAUUCGUAUCUAUUUUUAAUAGACAUACUGUACUUGUGUAGUGAAGAGUUAUAUAUAUAUAUAUAUAUAUAUAUAUAUAUAUAUAUAUAUAUAUGUAUAUAUAUAACACUCGUCCGUUACUGAGUGACUGACAGACAGCGCACAGCCGAAACUACUGGGAGCAGAAAGCUGAAAUUUGGUGUGUAGCUUCCUAGGACAGUGUAGGGGAGCACUAAGAAGGGAUUUCCUGAUUUUUACUCACAUACGAGGUUGUGGGCAAAAGCUUGUAAUAAAUAUAAUAAAAUAAAUUAAAAAUUGUGUUCUUUGAAUAAAUAUGACGUUUUGAGUAACUGAGUAUUGCUGCCCGACAAUAAUGCAAUUCAAUGCUAAGCCAUUUUCGAUACGGUUUCGCUGUUCAUACAGGGAUGGAUGUUUUUAAAUUUAUUAUCCUUUUUAACCAACGUGUUCGUCUACUGUGUUUUUUAAAUUAAAAACUAAUUAUUGUAUUAAAAGGUGCUCAUGUCUAAUAUUUAAAAUUUUAGGUACAUAAUUAUGUUUAAAUGAUAUUUUUAAUUUUAUUUCUGAGUCAAUAUUUAACAUUUCUUAGUAACAAAUGAUGAAAAAUACGCUUUAAUUAUAAUACAUUAUUAUUUCUGAUCAUAGUAGACGAAUAUAUACGAUCUGAUAUUUACCUGCUCAUUAAUUUUACUAUAAUAAUUAUAUAUUAAAGUGAUUUGCAUAAUAUAAAAAAGCAUUUUCCGUUUAGGGAAUUAUUAAAAAAUAUAUAUCUUGUGGAAAUCACUUAUAUAAUCUAAAUGCAUUUGACGAAAAUAAUUUUAUGACUUUGCUUUUAUAUACGCAAUAUUAAUGUUAUACAUAACGUAUAAUAUACAGGAGGCAUGUGGUAAUAGAUAGCGCUUUAAAUAUUGUUUCGACCAACGGCGAUUCUCUUAAUUUAUAUAAUAAUACAUUUUAUUUAUUUUCAAAUAAUAUAUUGUGUUGGCGAUUUAUAUAUACUUAAUUAUACUAAAAUAUACGAGAAAAAUGUACAAAAUUAUUUAUUUUAAAAACUAAUGUUGUGUUAAAGUUUUUCGUCAAACGUAUGACAUUUUACUAAUAAAAAAAAAAACAGUGGCAACAGUUUGACUGUGUUUACAAAUUUAUUUAUUUCUUGGUCACAAAGUGACUGUGUAUUGCUUUUUAACAUUGAAACAAUACUGGAAUUUAUAUACACAUCAAUUCCAAUGGUAAUUUUUGUUGAUUAGUAUUAUUUAUUUAAUAAAGAAGAUAAUUGUUAUAAAUUUAUUAUCCUUGUGCUUGGAAAAUGACUUAGUUUCGAGGCAUUCGUCCUCUUUUCUCAGGUCCGUCGGAAAAUUGAUCGUCAAUAUUAGUUUUAGUGGUUUUAUAAGUCACAAAUUAGUUUUUCAUUCUUCAAGGAGUCACAAUUUCAAAUUGAUUUUAUUGGUAAAAUGUUGUAAUAUUAAAUUGUGAAUUAUAUAAAUAUUGUACAGCGGUAAAGUUCGUCACAAACGCGAAGAUUGUAUUUUUCAUCUUUUGAAAAUGUGAAUUACUGGAAAGAAAUUUGAGAAAAAAAAAACUGCUUCUAGAAGUAUAUUCUUAUAAAUUUAUUGCUUGUAUUUAUUCUGGUCUUAUUUUGUCUGAGAAUUAAUUUUGUAAUAUUGUUGAGGAAACAAAUGUUUUUUUUUUAAUUUAACACGUUUUUCACAAAGACAUUUUUUGAUAUAAUAAAAAUAAGUCUAGGGGCAGUAUUGGGGAAAAAUAUGAAUUAAUUUCCGAAGGUUUAUCCUGUAUGGUCUAACAAAAAAACAUCACGUUUAUUUUUUCUCUCGAUGUGAUAAUCACAUAAAAAUUGUGGCGUUUUCUUGAUAGACUUAUAUUUUUUAAAUUUCGCGUAUCUGAAUGUUGCACUUACAAAUUAAAAAUUAAUAAAGUUUAAACGCUUUGUUACGUUGUUAUUGAGAAUUAAAUUUAAUUUUUUUUUAAACUUGAGAAUGUCAAAUAUGUUUUAUUAUCAUGAUCUGUCGUAAUAGCUGUUAAACUUUGGGUAUAUAAUAUUCUAAGAUAAUAAUUAUAGAUGAGCAUUAAUUUCAUUAGCAACGUAACAAAGUUUUGAUUGGUCUAUAAAAAUGUAUAAUAUAACAAUUAUAUAUAAUAUAUAUAUAUACAUACGUUACGUAGGCGCCAUAAAUUCUAGUCUCGCUACGUAGAAUAUAGAAAAUUGUAUGUAAUUUGUUUAAUUAUUAAAAUAUUAUACAAAAGUCUGUGUACUAUUAGAUAUUGAGUAAAGUGUCAUUUGAAAUCUUCGCAGUUCUAAUAGUACACGGAAUAGAUUUAAGUAUUACGGUUACGGAUGUAAUGAGAGUCUGACGUGCCGCCAUUUUGUCGGGGCUGACAUAUGGGCGUUGUAAAAAAAAAGCUUUUACCGCGUCCACAUCAACGCCAAAGGCUGUAUAAAAAAACUGCGGAGCUGCGGCAUUGUUUUUUUUUUUACUUGUCUGGUUUCGGCUUUAUUUUGGAAGUUGCCAGUGUUUUCUUUCAGUAUUAAAAUCACUACAAAGUUGUCACAUUUUUUAAAUUUUUAAAUAAUUGUUUUAAAAUGUAAUUUUGAUUUCGAAUAUAAUUGUUUACAAACAUAUACAUAUAUAGUUAAUCAGAAAUUUGUUAAAAAAUCGUGAAAAUGUCCGCAUAAGAUGCUAUCUCAGAACAGUACAAAAAUAGGACAAGUAAAAAAAAUAAAGUUUUUGUGGCUAUAAAGCGCUGGGCGGUUGUCCCUAUUCUAGUCGAACUGCUUCCGUCUCCAUAGGUGUAAAAAUAAUCCUCUACACGGAAUAAGGAUUAAGCUUGAGGCAUUUCGUAUAGUUUACUCUUUAUAUGAGCGAAAAAUGCUAUUAUACAGCUUGAGGCUGUACUAUGCGCGAGAUUGACGCUUUUAAGCAGUAUUUUUGUCUUAAGAAUGCUCCAUAUUGCGCUUACUAGUAAUAAAAAGCCAAAAUUGUUUUCGAUCGCCUGAAAUAUUUAGGUAAACAGUUAAUUUCUUUUUGUAAAUAUAUAUAUUUAUUUAUUGCAAGCGAAUAUGAAGUGUGGAAAUGACAAGUUUCAAAUCUCAUAGCAUAGUACACCUAUUGUAUCGUCAUACGGAAAAACGAUGAAAAUGACAUUUUUUAAUUUUCGAAAUGGUUUUUGCCGAUUCCCACAUAUUCACGUAUCGUGGAUCAGAGGGCACUCAAGAAAAUGCCCGCGCGGUUUGAUUGUUGGGCAAAGUAAGUAUAAAAAAUAUUAACAGGGCAAUUUAAUUUUUUUUUUUUUAAUAUUCAGUGAUAAUGUUUAACAGAAGCUAGAUAGAUUAGGGUGCGAUGCGUGAACGACAGCCAAUAUAAACCAAAACACAUAGUUUGCCCGUCAACCGCAUGACAACAUUCAUAAUGUCGAGGCAAUAUGAUAAAUAAGAAAUAAUUAUUAAUUAUUAAUUUAAAUAUUAAUUAACUUGUCAUUCAUAAUGUGCGAGCAUUAAGUCAAUUGUGUCACAUUGUCUAUGACGUGCAAAUAAUUUUCAAAGAAAUGUCAGUUGCGCUAUUUUUCCGUACGACGGCGGCGUUCUAUUCUGAUAUAGAGUACGAUUGAGACUAUUUUUGUCAAUAAAUGUAUGAUAAUGUUGUUAUUUAGCCACUAUUAUGUUCGGUGCGAUUGAUUGAGGGCGCACGCUGUUUGUUUUUUUUUUUUUUUUGCCAUAUUUUUUUAUAUCUACAGAAAUAUGCACAAUGAAAUUCAAAUAAAAGGUAUUUGUCCUUUA